AUGGCUUCUAGGUAUAUCGUCAAACGUUCUUUCUCAUCUCAGCUGAUGAGAGUUCUUGCACCAUCAAAUACCAUGCCGUUGAAUGCUCAGAGAGCCAAUUCUGUAGGAGUUGACUCUUCAAUUAAUUUCAGUAUCAAUACUAGCUCUGGCACGGAACACGAGUCUAAUAUGAAGGCUAUUGAUUUAGCAUUAACUACUCCUAGACCAUUGAACUCGUGGACCAAAGACCAAAUACGUGAGAUAUACAAUACACCAUUAAUGGAAUUGGUGUUUCAAUCCCAGAUUCAACACAGAAAGUAUCACAACCCUCAAGAGGUUCAAUUAUGUACUUUGUUGUCAAUCAAGACUGGUGGUUGUACUGAAGAUUGCAAAUAUUGCGCCCAAUCGACCAGAUAUGACACCGGAACAAAGGCAGAAAAGAUGAUUUCAAUAGAUGAAGUGAUGAAGGCUGCUAGAACUGCAAAGGCAAAUGGAUCUACUAGAUUCUGUAUGGGUGCUGCAUGGAGAGACAUGACAGGUCGUAAAUCAGGUUUAAAGCGUAUUUCUCAAAUGGUCACACAAAUCAAUGAAGAAUUAGGAAUGGAGACUUGUGUGACUUUAGGAAUGGUUGAUAAGAAACAGGCUGCAGAUUUAGCUGACGCUGGUUUGACAGCGUAUAACCAUAACAUCGAUACUUCUAGAGAGCAUUAUCCAAAGGUUAUUUCAACUAGAAGUUACGACGAGAGAUUGCAAACAAUUAAAAAUGUCCAAGAUGCUGGAAUCAAAGCAUGUACUGGAGGUAUCCUUGGACUAGGUGAAACCGAGGAAGAUCAUAUCGGUUUCUUAUACACCUUAUCAACUAUGGAAAAGCAUCCGGAAUCUUUGCCUAUUAACCGUUUAGUGCCAAUUAAAGGAACUCCAAUGGAAAAGGAGAUCUCUAGUUUACCCCGUGAAUCAGGAAGACGCUUAAAAUUUGAACACAUCUUGAAAACUAUUGCUACUGCCAGAUUAAUUAUGCCAGAAUCAAUCAUUCGACUUGCAGCUGGACGUUAUACCAUGAAAGAACAUGAACAAUUUUUAUGCUUCAUGGGUGGCUGUAAUGCCAUUUUUACUGGUGAGAAAAUGUUGACAACAAUGUGCAAUGGAUGGGAUGAAGAUAUUGAAAUGUUGAAAAAAUGGGGCUUAAGGCCAAUGAAAAGCUUUAACAAAAGUAACAUGCCAGCAACACAAGCACUGAAGACAAGCAUAAAGCCAAAUAUUGAACAAGCUACUGAAAAAAUUUCAGAAGCGAGUGUAGGGAAUUAA